AUGCUACUAAGACACUUCUUUUACAGUCUGUCGCUGUACCUGGCCGUCCCCGCUCUCAGCAUACCAAAAUAUGACAAUCAGCUACUUCUCGUCCAAGAACACGAACUUGGUCAAUCGCAAAGUACCGACGUCGUCUUAGCGAUCAAAGAAAGUGGAAGCAAUGCGGUGCAUCAGAUUGAAAUACCAUUACGAACGAAAGUCUUCCCGGCCUUACCGAAUCGACCCAGCGCUAUACAAGUCAUGGCAGCCACCGAACAAGGCCGGUCGGUAUCACGCGCGAGGCUGGGAAGAAUUAUAUGUGGAGUCACACCGAAUAUCAGCACCGAGGAAAGAGAAGCAUUUGAUUAA